AUGUCUACAGCCUCGAAGAUUACCCUCCUCAGCACUAUUCUGGGUACCGCCGGCAUAGUCGCCUUUGUCCACUGGGCCCAGACCGCCGAACAAGCUGCCAUGCAUGCCGGUGUCGUUCGAGAUAUGGAACAACAGCGCAUAAAGAGAGAGAGACAGGCCGACUUUGACAUGCAGAGACAGCUGGAGGAGGAAUAUAAGAAAGUGCAGACUGACCUCCGACGCAGGUUCGAAUGGCCAUCUUCGAGUAUAAAGACUUCCGAAUACGCUGAUGACGACAUCCGGGACAACUCCAAUUUGAAGGAGGAAUCGCGGAAGAGACCACCACCUACGGUCGUGUACGGCCGCAAAGCCGUUUCCUUCCUACAGGGUACAGUGCUCUAUAAGCCACAUUCUGAGCAUGGCAGUGGCUCCGGGUCACGUUUUUCCGGGUAUGAGAAAGGAGGUGGAGUGAUGCGCUUAUGA